GGAAAAUAAUCUGCGAACAAUUGCCUGCACGAGCUCACCCGCCACAGAUGGAUUUUGUGCAAUAGGCCUGCGCCCGUGGACCCGCAGUCUGUUCCUUCAUACCGCUUCUUGACAAUGUGAGCCUCACGCUGCUCCAAACAUGACUUCCAAGCGAUCGCGGCAAGCCUUCGAAGCCGACCUCCAAAAGCAGUCUUCACCUUUCGUUCUGUAUGGGACAGCCCUACCUCCUCUAGAUGAAAAUGUCCGAGAUGAUGGUUCUUUUGUGCCCGUCUGGAAGCAGGAGGUCACAGAUGAAAGAGGACGGAAACGCUUGCACGGCGCCUUCACAGGAGGCUUCAGCGCCGGAUAUUUUAAUACUGUAGGCUCUAAAGAAGGAUGGACCCCUUCUUCUUUUGUCUCAUCCAGACAGAACCGCGCAAAGGCUGCACAGACUGGGCGGCAACAGAGGCCAGAGGAUUUCAUGGACGAAGAAGAUUACCGUGAGGCGGAAGAAUCGCAAACCUUGAAUACCUCGUCAGAAUUUGCGGGAUUUGGCACGGAGCACGAUGCUAUGCGAAAGACCGCCGCUAUUGACCUUCUUCGCCCUUUGAAUGAAACUAUUGGCUCAAAAUUGCUGAAGCGAAUGGGCUGGAGGGAGGGUCAAGGCAUUGGCCCUCGAGUUCGAAGAGCAGCAAAAUUUCAUGAGGAAAAGGAGAAGGAGGAUGACGAGGAUGAUGAGCCGACACAGACACAUCUCUUUGCACCAGAAGAUGUCCACUUAGUAUCAUAUACGCGAAAGACAGACCUCAAAGGCCUGGGGUAUACAGGAGGGUUACAAGGUCAAGAUCAGCCGACAAGUCGAAACAUCACAACGGUGAAUCCCGCACCUGGGUCUACUGGCGAACUUUCAGACGAGGAGGGAAUUGCACCGCUUUUCGGCCUCAAGAAAAAACCAGCGCGUCCAAGGAAAAGGACAGGAUUUGGUGUUGGAGUUCUCAAUGACGAUGACUCUGAUGUCGAGGACCCUUAUUCUAUGGGUCCUAAGAUAUCAUAUCACAAGGUUAUUGGGGGUGAAAAGAAUCUAAAGUCGAAAUCAAAGGCUUCAGGAAGCGCUGCAAACCCACUUGUGAAAGCCAAACCCACAUUUAUCUCCAGAAAACUGACAAGCUUGAAGAAGGUUCUGAGAAAAUGCCAUGAUGGGCGGUUGCCCCUCGACGGAUUUGUUCUGACAGAUGAACUUGAUUCGCUGGGCACAAUGACCAUACAGGAUGAGAAGUACAAACCUCCUGUGGUUCCUGAAGGCUGGAAGUCAUCCAUUUCGCCGGACACAGAAGCAGACACGGCAUCCACACUUGUCUCGACCGCAGAGGCAGCCAAGUCGUCUAAUCUCACGGCCAAGUCCCGUGCGUCGCUUUUGGGGGAGUCACCACUUCCGGGAAAGUCGGUAUUCGACUUCUUGACACCUGCCGCUCGUGAUCGCCUGGCUGCAGCUUCAGGUCGCGAAAACCUUCCUGCGGCUGGAAGUGAAGCACCUCCGAAUGGUUACGAACCUUCCGGGAUGGAAGUAAAAGACCUUCAUCCCAUGGUUCCCCAACUUGACCGAGAUACAGCGCUUCAGGCCCUAAAUCGUGCAGUUGGUGGUUGGAUGCCAUAUGCAGAGAAUGAAAACAAAAGAUCAAGAUAUCGGACUUUUCUCGAGAUUCAAGCUGGUCUCAGGAUAGCCGAUGAGCUGCCUCCUCGCGCCGAAAACAUGAGACGGGAAGACUGGAUUCUCGAGUUGCAAGAGUUCGCACGAGCAGCGGAAGUGUUUAAGCCCAUCAGCGGCUUGAUGGCUACCCGAUUUACAUCCUCAUCAUCUUUUCCUCAAAGUCAAGAUGGCAAAUCGGCCGACACUGCCACGAACUCUUUAUUGACGAAAUCAAAGGCAAAGCCAGAGGAUCCAGCAGAAUCGGCUGCCAAGCUAGGAAUGUUUGGUCCCAUGACGCGGUCUGUCAUCAACUUCUACCCUACCAGGCUGCUCUGUAAAAGAUUCAAUGUGUCGAUGCCGACCCACGCAGCAUCUGGGGAAGGUAGAGAUGGACGUGGAACUACCUCUAGUUCGGGCGAACCUAGCUUCGCAGCGCCGCCGUUCCGGUCUUUCGCCUCUGCCGGCUUCCAACACGACGAAGUGUCAGAAGUCAUCAAAAGUGAAGCUGAAUCUCGAUCGAACCAGCCGUCAACUGCAGCAAUAAUGGAGUAUCAGCCUCCCGCGCUCGACCCGGACAGAAACGAAGCCCUCGAGCAGCAAAGACCAGGGCAAGCAGUGUUUAAAGCCAUUUUCGGCAGUGAUGACGAAGACGAUUAGCAGCGUGGCUCAAGAAUGAAUCUCAGAGAUCCAUUACUCCUGUUCAAUCUGGGGUGGGACCCAUUGGCUGAUCGUCCGUGACAAGGCUGGCUUCUGCAAGGGGCUCACGAGGCUGAGGGGACCUACCCAGAACUGUUCCGCUUGGCUCAGAACACCGAAGUCUAUAAUGUUCCACGUGGUCAUUUAUUUGUUCCACUGCACAGUAGAGGCAUAUGAUCAGGAAUAGUACCGAUUGAGAUCAGCAGUUGGCUAGCUGAUCAUUUAUUCUCUAUCGAAUCAUGAAUAUGAUGAAGUGAGCAUACAUGAAACAUGGUUCAACAGGGAAUGGAUGAUGGGGAUUCCCUUCUGUGAAGCCGAUCUACCGUUCAGACCAAUUGUAAUACGCCUAGGCAAUCAAGAGAUCAUGCACAGAUCCAUUAGGCUUGGGAUAUGCACUUGACGUUGUGUGAGAUCCAUAGUUACGUGACGGAUUGUCGAGGUGAUAACGAAAAAGUGCAGGAGUCCGGCUGUUUUGUUCUGUCCGUUGCUAUACUCGAUCGAUCACUAUGUUUUGACGCCC